AUGGCAGAUUCGCGUAUCAUCGGAAAUGUGGUACAACCUCUAGCGCGGUCGGUUGUCGAGCCCUCGACGACCGGCGUUGAUGCAAACAAUUCCAUUAACCAGCUCACCGACUCCGGCGAGUCUACUACAAACCUUGUACCGAUUUUCCCACAGCAAAAUGCACCUCAAAACGAUCAAGAUAACAAAGAGAAUAGUCAUACACUAUCUCAAACGCAAAAAGAGCCAGAAGGAAAUACAUCUGGCCUUAUGAACAGUAAAUAUGCAGGAACAAAGGAUACAGACACAGACAGCGCAGGAACCUCUAGGCCCGGGAGCAUUUCACCAACUAAAAUGGAUUCCAUCAAACCCAAAUCAACAAUUAGGAAGACAACUUUUAAGUCGGUUUCUGUAAACAAGGUGUUUUUGAAGGAUUCGGUCCCCACUGCAGGACCUGUGUCUAAUGCUCUUGGUUCCACAACAUCCAAAGCAUCAACGGCUUUUUCCGUUCCUCAGCCAGCUUCUCGCAAUGUGUUAAGUGCCUCGAAAUUAAAGUUUGUGAAGACUGGUGCAUCCUCCCAGACUUCGAGGCCUGGAAGUACUGGACCUGCUGGUUCUGCUGGCUCAAAAAAAGGAGAUCAAGCUCUGCCUGUGUGGAAUAAAAACCUACCGACACCUCCGCCCCCUAAAAAGGAUGUCACCGAUGAAGAACUGAAAUUAGAAUUUGGGAUUCAUCUAGCGUCAAGGCUCGUUUCGGAUAAUGAAUCUAAAGAAGCUAAAUGGGCUGAUAUAGAUGAUGAUGACGAUGAUUGGGUCCCGGAGGCUAUUGCGUGGAACGAUGGUAUGAAGGUUACCAUGGAUGACACUACGGCGGCGACUACAGCGGCGAACACGGAGACAACGGUAUCCCCACCUGCCACCCAUGUCGAACCAGUGUGUCCAGAACCUGUCAAGGAGGUUGCGCCUCCGAAAUCACCAGUGCCGCCUGUUCCGGUUGUUCCAGUUGCUCAAAUGAAGGAGGAAUCAAGACCCAAAACUCUUAUUACUGAAAAGCCUUCUUCGAAACCCACCGAGACAACUUCUACUCACCCUGUCCGGGCUUCUCCUUGGGCGAAAAUACCUCCCCCAAAUGCGGGUCCCCCAAUUGCUUCAAAUCAUAAUCUUCGAAACAACGAUUUCCCCCCUCCCCCCCCUCCCCGUCAUGAGUUAGGCGUGGAAUCGUCAGCACAGCAUACUACAAAUUCCUUUUCUGGAAUGAAAGAAGUCUCGGCAGAGGUUUUCGACCGGUCAUGGCGCGAUAGGCCAGUCAACCAUAGUGCACGUGAGCGUGAGUUAUUCAAUUCUGAGACUGGACAGUUAGAGCCAGUUAGAGAAGCUCGUAACGGAGGGGCGAGGCAGAAUCGCAACGAUCCCCCGAUGCACAAGCAUUCUGUUCUUCAACGUCCUUCCGGUCCGGCUGAACCAUCUGCAGCAUUUCAGCAAUCGCGCAGCAGUAUGAGUUUCCAUCGGCCUGAAGAUUAUGGGCGUAGAAGAGCGUCCUCGAAUGUAAGCGGAGGUAGUGGUAGCACUGGCGAUUUCCAGGUCAAGAUCUCAGGCGUGCAGAUUCAGCCUUCAACCAUUCCCCCAGCGCCUGUUGUAGAUCCCAAUUAUGAGGACCCCGUUAUCGCACAAGAGCGGAUUAUGAAGGAAUCUAGCCAACUGGCAAGGAAACGUAGGCAAGAAGAAGAGGCUAAGGAGGAGGCUGCAAAACAAGAGAGACUGAAGAUCAAACUUGAGGCAUUGGAAAAACAAGCAAAGCUUCGGGAGGAGGAGGAGGCUGCCAAGCAAAAGGCUAUUCAGGACAAACGUGAAGCCGAGGAGAAAGCAGCUGAGGAAUUAAGACUCGCCGAAGAAAAGGCUGCAGCAGAGAAGAAAGCCACGGAUGAGAAAGCUGCCGCUGAAAUAAAGGCACAAGAAGAGGCUUUGGCAAAGAAAGAGUCCGAGGAAAGAUUGGCAUCAGAAAGGGAACGUCCUCGACAAGGACAAUUUCCAGAUCGCUCAGCUAGGGAGCCGGCGGCAUCUUUUAUACGUAGUCGGUCUCCUGGCAAUACAUCAGGAAUUCCGACAGGGCCUCAAAUGCAGGGGAGAAGACCGGCGGGGCACAUGCAAACACAAAGAUCACCUACGAAGAAUUUUGCGGUUCUUGGAAAUCGUGAAUCAAGGGAGCAGCCCUGGAAAAGUGUUUCUUCUGGGUCCGAUCGAUAUACUGGUCAAUGGGGAAGUUCGGGAAGUAACGGCCAAGCCCAAAAUCCUACUGACGGUAAUCCUUGGGCUCCUGUUGGCGAGAAACCGCGGUUUUCGGGGUUCAAUGGCGUUGGAAAUGGAACAUUUGAAAACCGUUACUCAGGAUUCUCUGCAAGAUCAAAUGCUUCACCCGCAAUGCAUGGUCAGCAGAAUAGAGAUGAUGGACGGCAAGGUGGGCGGCCAAGCCGUCCUGGCCAUAUCUCCCCGGGAUUUUCCCGCGGAACCCGGCCAAAUGAUAAUAUUUCUCAAGAAGAUCGUUCGCAAGCCGUGAAUCGCUGGAAUACAGUUGCAAACACUCUUCAAGAUGAUGAAACUACAGAAAGGCGGAAGAAUAGGGAAGAGAGAUUGGCCCGGGAGGCUGAAGAAGCCGCCUCUGGGAUAAAGAGGGAGCCUGCAGUUCACCCAAAGAUUUCUGAAACCUGGAGGAAGGUUGAAAUCAGUGAUGGCCAAGGACAGGUUGAUAGGAAGCUUGUCAGCGUCUCAAAGAUAGGAACUCACAGCUUCAGAGGAACAAUAUUCCAACUGGGCCUGCCGCAGGUCGACCAACGUCUCGUUUCUUCCCCGCCGCGGCGAAUUUGGUGGCACAACACUUAG